GGCCGGCUGGGCGCGCUCGCUCGCGGUGGCGUAAUCUCUCAGCCUUUCUGCGUCUCCUUUCCUCCGCCUCACUUUGGGGCGGGUCCGGAGAAUGGCUUCGGAGAUGGAGUCGUCUCUCGAGGCAAGCUUCACGUCCAGCGGUGCGGUGUCAGGGGCUUCAGUAUUUCUGCCUCCGGCUCGCUCCCGUAUCUUCAAGAUAAUCGUGAUCGGUGACUCCAAUGUGGGCAAGACGUGCCUGACCUACCGCUUCUGCGCCGGCCGCUUCCCGGACCGCACCGAGGCUACUAUCGGGGUGGAUUUCCGAGAACGAGCGGUGGAGAUUGAUGGGGAGCGCAUCAAGAUCCAGUUAUGGGACACAGCAGGACAAGAACGAUUUAGAAAGAGCAUGGUACAGCACUACUACAGAAAUGUACAUGCUGUUGUCUUCGUGUAUGAUAUGACCAACAUGGCUAGUUUUCAUAGCCUACCAUCUUGGAUAGAAGAAUGCAAACAACAUUUGCUAGCCAGUGACAUACCACGGAUUCUCGUUGGAAAUAAAUGUGACUUGAGAAGUGCCAUUCAAGUACCUACAGACUUGGCACAGAAAUUUGCUGACACACAUAGUAUGCCUUUGUUUGAAACCUCUGCGAAAAACCCCAAUGAUAAUGACCAUGUGGAAGCUAUAUUUAUGACCUUGGCUCAUAAACUUAAGAGCCACAAACCAUUAAUGCUUAGUCAACCCCCCGAUAACGGAAUUACUCUGAAGCCUGAACCAAAGCCUGCAAUGACAUGCUGGUGCUAAGUAACAGUCUUUAUUAUACUAUCUAAUUUUGACAAAAGAAAUACUUUUGAAGUAUGACAGUGAUAAGUCAUAAGAUUUAAUCUCAAGUAUAAUGGAUCAUCCUGACACUUUACUAUUUAUCAUUGUCAUGCUGAUUUUUGUAUUUUGUAUCUACUUAAUUAAGUUUGUCACUGUGACAACACAGGGAAAAAGUUGGUUUUCAUGUGAGGUUGAAAAUGAAGCAAAUGUAGAAUGAAUCAGAACAUUUUUCCAUUGAGAACCCAAAGAAGGAGGCUUCAGAUGAGAGCAUGAUAGUAUUUUAGGAGUAAGUGAUUGUUCAAUCCUGUAUUCAUGGGAUUGAAAAAAAAAUUAAAGGUUUAGGACAUACUUCCUAGGUGUGUCCUUUGAAUAGGAAGUGUUCUCAAUAGGAUAAACCUGGUAUUUGCCUCUGCCUAUAGUUCUUUCUUUGUAUUAUUGAUGUAUUUAAUUGCAUUAUUAUUGGUACAUUUUAGAGCCAAGACUUUAUGUCGUUCCAGUGGGAGGAGAAGGCAUGGAAUGUUUUCUGGUUCUCAGUGCAUAAAGAGUGACUUUUCCAAUGAUUCCAGAUGCUUGAUAUUUCUAAUCAGUAUCAAUCAUAUCUACAGAAGUCAUUGUUACUUUUAAAAGAAUAAUUUGUUUUCUUACUAAUUUCUGUUAAAAUACACAAAAAUAAGUCUGACUUUAAUGAAA